AUGAGCUUGAGUUCGGAUGCUUUGACUACUACUCUCUGCAACUCAAUUCAAGCUUUGGGUCGUGGCUUUGAUGUUACAUCUGAUAUAAGGCUUUUGUAUUGUAAAGGAGCUACUGGGUCUAGGUUGGUUCAUAUUGAUGAAGAACAUACGAGGGAUCUUGAUAUCUCUCUUGGGGUUCCACUGCCUAAUGUUUCUUUUGAUAUUGAUUGUUCUAAAGAGAAAAGAAUUAUUGAGAAAAUUCCUGUUUGCUCCUUCCAUGAGAUGGCAGGACGAUUCAAUGAAAAAUCAGGUAUAUCAGGACGAAUUCCUCUUGGAAGCUUUAAUGGCAUGUUCAAUUUCACUGGCUCUUGGCAAGUUGAUGCAGCUGGAACAAAAUCCCUUGCAAUGGUUGGGCAUUUCAUUCCCUUGUAUAAGGUGCAGAUAGCCAAAGUAAACCUAGUUUUGCGUGAUGAAGUCAAGCGUGCUGUUCCUUACUCCUGGGAUCCUGCAUCCUUGGCAAGCUUCAUUGAAAGCUAUGGUACCCAUAUAGUCACAUCUGCAACAAUUGGAGGACGAGAUGUUGUUUACAUCAGGCAGCACCAGGCAUCUCCUUUGUCAGCAUCCGAUAUCGAGGACUAUGUGAAAGACAUUGCAGAUCAAAGGUUUCAAGACUCAACAAGUACAUCAAUUGCUGCCCCCUUGAAAUAUAAGGACAAGGAUGUAACAGUGAUUUUUAGAAGGAGAGGAGGUGAUGAUCUUGAACAGAGUCAUGCCAAGUGGGCAGAGACAGUGCAGUUGGCACCAGAUGUGAUUAACAUGACAUUUACACCUAUUGUAUCUCUCCUCGAAGGAGUGCCUGGAAUAAAGCAUUUGGCCAGGGCAAUUGACUCAUACUUAGAGUACAAGCCACCUAUAGAGGAUUUGCAGUAUUUCUUGGAUUUUCAAAUUGGCAAAGGCUGGGCACCAGAGCAAAAUAACCUUCAAAGAAAGGAGCCUGUUUGUCAAUCCCUUCAGUUCAGCUUGAUGGGUCCCAAGCUGUAUAUAAGCCCAGAUCAGGUAACAGUAGGCCGUAAGCCAAUUACUGGUCUAAGACUUGGCCUGGAGGGCAGCAAGCAAAACAGACUUUCCAUCCAUUUGCAGCAUCUUGUGUCCCUUCCAAAAGUCCUUCAGCCCCAUUGGGAUGCUCAUGUGGCCAUAGGUGCCCCCAAGUGGCAAGGUCCUGAGGAGCAAGACAGCCGGUGGUUUGAGCCUAUCAAGUGGAAGAACUUCUCCCAUGUAAGCACUGCACCAAUAGAGUAUGCGGACACUUCCAUUGGAGACCUCUCUGGUGUUCACAUUGUGACUGGGGCUCAGCUUGGUGUUUGGGAUUUUGGUGCCAAAAAUGUGCUGCACCUUAAACUCCUCUUCUCGAAAGUUCCAGGUUGUACAAUAAGGCGGUCUGUAUGGGAUCAUAGCCCCUCAAACCCUUCUGCACAGAGAACCAAUGGUGCAUCUUCAUCUGUUCCAAAUGAGAAACCCCCCAAUGAUAAGAAAGAAGAUAGCCACGUUGGCAAAUUAGCAAAAAUUGUCGACAUGAGCGAAAUGUCAAAGGGACCACAAGAUGUUCCAGGUCAUUGGUUGGUAACGGGAGCUAAGCUUGGGGUGGAUAAAGGAAAAAUUGUUUUGCGUGUCAAGUACUCGUUAUUGAAUUAUUGA